AUGCGACGGACACGCUGUGUCUUACGGCAGAAAUGGGGCAAACUGGAGCUGAUAAGCUUUGGGAAGUUCAGCAAGAAGAAGGAGCAAGUCGUCCUGCCCCGCAAGACGCGGCUGGUGGCUUGGGUCGUCAGCAACUGGAACGAGGAGCACGCCCGGGUGCGGUACUACCGCCAGCUGAAGGAGCACCUCGCCAUCGACGUCUACGGGGCGCGGGGGCUGGCGCUGGCCGAGGGCGGCGUGGUGCAGACCAUCUCGGCCUACAAGUUCUACCUGGCCUUCGAGAACUCCCAGCACACCGACUACAUCACUGAGAAACUCUGGAGAAACGCCUUCGCCGCCAGCGCCGUCCCCGUCGUCCUCGGACCCCGCAGGGCCAACUACGAGCGCUUCAUCCCCCCCGACUCCUUCAUCCACGUCGACGACUUCCCCAGCCCCCAGCUGCUGGCCACCUACCUGAAAUUCCUCGAUAAAAACAAACCCAACUACAGGAGGUAUUUUGCCUGGAGGAAGAAGUACGAGGUCCACGUCACCUCAUUCUGGGACGAGCAUUUCUGCAAGGUUUGCCAGGCCGUGAGGGCAGCCGGGAACCAAAUGAAGACUGUACGAAAUCUGGCCAGCUGGUUUGAAAGCUGA